GAACAAAGAGCAUAUCGUGAAUUAAUAACUGAACCAGUUAAAUUCACAUAUAACUCUAAGCGAGUUAUUAGCCAUUUGGUGUUACCAGUUGUAAGGGAUGAAUUGUCAAUUACACUAAAAAUAAAUGUUUUAAAUCAUGAUCCUUAUAGUGAAAAUCAGUACGCGGUUUUUUAUAAAGGUGUAACGACAGCCAACCGUACACCUUCACUCUGGUUAAAAUCGAGUAAUUCAACCCCGUGUUUACGUCUCUCGAUUACUGGUAAUAAUGACACUGGAAUUAAUAUGGAUGGUUAUGGAUUCUUACUUAACCGGUG